AGAAUAAGGGCGACCAUGGCGGCUAACCGAGAAGCAUCCAACGAUGAGCCCAGUAGCAGGAUCAGGGUUUUAAGCUCUCACUUGCACUCCCCUCCUCCAACUUCUCGAAUGGCUUCUUCCGAGAAGGAUGCUGCGCUCGCCGCAACCCCAUCCGACGCGCCCACCAUCUUCGAUAAAAUUAUACACAAGGAAAUUCCUUCCAAGGUGGUUUACGAGGACGAAAAGUUGGGAGGAGUGCGAAUGGAAGACGGCCCUGUAUUGCUCCACCUACUCAAACUACGCCCAGCGACCUCCGGGGAAACCCUCGCCGAUGUCCUCGAAACCCUGUGGAAGAACCGAAGGACCGGCCUCGAUUCCCUCGAGAAGUCUCGGAUCCGGUCCCUUCUCGUCCUCCCCGCAGCCCAGGACCUCGACCCAAUUUUGGCUUGCCUUCGGUUGCUUGUUAGAAAGUGUGUACAUGAGAAACUAACAGGAGAUGACAUCAAAAAAUUGUUUCCUCAUGACCUUUCUAUUGAACUUCAGAGCAGUCUCGUGCUUUUAUUUCAGAAGUAUCACAAUCAGUGGAAUGAAGAAUUGUCAAGUGACCAGGAAACUCUUCCUCGACUGAAGUCAAUGACAUGGAUCAUGCAGAACCGUAACUCGGCACCUGCAAACCGAGUAGCUGUCAUCACUUUAAAGCUGCAAGAUUAUACAAAUUCUACUUCUGGAGAAUUAGAAGUUAAAUUUCAGCUUUCCAAAGACACAUUGGAAGCCAUGUUGAGGACAAUGACCUACAUCAGUGAACAGUUAUCAAGCUCUGUGGAGCAGUCAUCAGAACCUUCUGCGAAAAAGCCGAAACAAUAGUGUGGACUCUCAAAUUUGUUGAUCUUUUACUGGAGUUUUUGAUGGGCAGCACUUGGACUAUCCAUAUGCACCAGAUGCCAGCAUCAGUUGGCAUUUCUGCAACUUAUAUCACACAAUUGGCGUGAACACAGUUAAGUCAGCUACUGAAGAUAUUGGUCACAAUGGUGUUUGACUUGGUAGUUUGAACCUAAUUAUAUGAAACCAGUAUAUGAUUUUUUUUUUUUUUGAAUCUCACCCUUGCCAUUUUGAAAGGGCAAUUCUUGUGGCAUAAUCCAGUUAGGGACUGACUUA